AUGGUCCGACAAUCUCUUUGGCACUCCCUCCAUCUCCACCUCCUUCUCGACCAAAUCUCUGCCGGCGUCUCUGACUACGACGAAAACCUCUCUUUCCCUUCUCUCUCCACACCCUCCUACCAGCUUUGCAUCAAGCCCUUCAUUUUCUGGAACAGACACGGCUCAAAAAAGCUCAAUAUCAACAAACCCACAUCCAAUAUCAAUAUUCAAAUCUUCUUGGAAGAGAACACAUGUAUGGAAUCAAACCCAGUCAAGCAUUUGAAAUGGAAAUUCAGAGGAAAUGCGAGGAUUGAAGUUGAUGGGGUUCAAAUUCAAGUCUCAUGGGACGUAGACAACUGGUUGUUUGAAGGGUCAUGUGGGUUUGAAUUUGAGACCAAGAAGAUGAAGAAAGGGUUACUGAGAUCAGCUGGAAGCUCAACUUCUUCGUCAUUGUCUUCGGCCUCUUUGAGCUAUAGUUCUGUGAUGGAGUGGGCGAGCAUGGAAGAGAAUGAAUUGAAGGGUCCUUCUGGGUUUUCUUUGCUGGUUUAUGCUUGGAAGAGCAGAAGAUGA